AUGUGUCUGUUUCGCUGUCCCAUGGUUCACUAUGACUUUGGCCUUCGAAAUAUCCUCUCUGUUCUACGCACUCUUGGAGCAGCCCGUCGCUCAGGAGCUUCGGACGACCCCGAGGAGCGGACUGUAAUGCGUGGCCUGCGUGACAUGAAUCUCAGCAAAUUGGUCGAUCAGGACGAGCCUCUGUUUAUGUCUCUUAUCAACGAUCUCUUCCCAGGCAUUGUUCUGGACAAGGGUAGUUAUCCAGAACUUCAGGUGGCCAUUCAGAAUCAGGUCACCUCUAUGGGACUUAUCAACGAGCCUACGUGGAAUCUGAAGCUCAUUCAGGUCCGCUUAUCUGACACUUGA